AUGAUGCCGGCCGCCCCCAGUGUCGGGCUCCUUGCGAAAGGUCUGACUGUCUUGUUGGCCUCGCUAUCACUUGCCAACCCGGUUGUAGCGGGAGCCCUGCCUCCUCGCUCAGACUCAAAGAGCUGUGGGAAUGGUAUGUGCAAUGCGGCGAUGCCGAACCCCCCCCGCCGCAUCGGCUUCAUGCUCCCGCGAGCCUUCGACAUCAUCGACGUGUUCGGGCCUCUAGAGGUCCUACAGGCCGUGUCCCGGAAGACCCACCUCGAGAUGUUCAUGCUCGGCCGCACGCUCGACCCCGUCACAACUGAGCCGGUCAGCGCCUCCAUGAACCAGUUCAACUCGUCCUUCUACCCGACCUUCAACCCCACCCACACCUACGCCGAUAACCCGCCCAUCGAUGUGCUGGUCGUCCCCGGCGGCGCCGCCGCCCGGAGCCCUGACCUGGGCCCCGAGAUCGAGUACAUCAAGAAGGUGUUCCCCAGCCUCCAGUACCUCAUCACCAUCUGCACCGGCGCGGGCAUCGCGGCACAGUCGGGCGUGUUGGAUGGCCACCGCGCGACGACCAACAAGGCUGCCUGGAAUACGAUGACGCCGAUGGGGCCGAAGGUCAAGUGGGUCUCGCCUGCACGGUGGGUCGAGGACGGCAAGGUCUGGAGUUCGUCAGGGGUCACGGCCGGCAUUGAUCUCGCCUUUGAGUUUGUCAGGCAGAAGUACGAGAACGGUAGUGCCCUCGUCGAGUCUAUUUCUGGCAGCAUUGAACAUACCGUCAUCACGGACUGGCGCGACGACCCUUGGUCUGCCAAGUUCGGCAUUCCUCCGUCGAACUAGGGUUUUCUUUUUAUAUGUAUAGAUCAAUAGUGACCACCGGUUGUUAUCGUCAUAGCUAUUAUCUGACGGAAUCCGGGAUUGGAUAUUUUGGAAUUCAUGAAACCAUUUCUAUACG